AUGAUUUUGCAAGAACGAAAAGCGGGCCCCCUAAACGUUCACGGGGCAUUGUCAGGCAGGCGUCUUUGGACACCAUUAACCUUUCCGAACGAGGGCUUUGUCUCCAUUUCCGCAGACGCCAAGAUUGAAGAGGAGACACUCCCCGCUUACAACGCGUCUCACUUUUAUCCUGUCCGUAUUGGAGAGAUACUCCGCGACCGAUAUCAAAUUGUAGGAAAGCUCGGUUUCGGAGGUACCUCUGCCGUUUGGCUCGCCCGAGAUCUGAGCGGAUUGAAAAUGCCCCCAAGCACCAUCCCGGUUGCACUGCUAUCCGAACACUUCUGGACUCUUUCGAAGUCCAAGGCCCGAAAGGGUCACAUCGUUGUCUUGUACAUCCAGCGCUUUGGGGAAAGUGUACUCGACUUGAAGCAUCGUAACCCUAUUCAACGCUUGCCCGCCUCUGUGGUGGCUUUUAUUCUCAAACGCCUGUUUCACGCUCUCGAUCUGCUGCACAACGAAUGCCGCAUUGCACAUACAGACAUCAAAGAAGCUAAGAUCUUGCUGGGAGCCGACGAUUCUGUUCUUCAAGAUUUCGAAUGUGAGCAAUUGAGGAAUCCAUGUCCGAGAAAGCAGCUGUCCGAAGGAACGGUCUAUCGAUCCCGCGAGCUCAACAUGCCUCGCGCUAUAGGAGAGCCGAUGUUGUGCGACUUUGGUUCUGCAGUACCGUUGUAUAAUGGCGUCGAGCAUCAUUGCAGGUGA